GGUGAAAAAACUCAUAAAAAUGAUAAAAUAUCCUUCCAACUUGGAAAUUGCAGUCUCCUCCUCUAUCUCUAAUCUAAUCCAAAUUUGCACCGGCUGGAGCUGGAGUCAAGAACAGAGCUCCUCUUGAACUGGAAGCGUGCGUGUGGCAAUCUCUUCAUAGCUUCGGGUGGCCAUCGACAAUGGCUUUCUCUUAUGCUCUUAUCACCUGGAACCCUUUAUUCUCACUCAAUUCCACACCCACUAGCAAAAAAUAUACCACUGGUUCCUUUCAGGAACUCUCCACUCUCAACAACCGAACCCAAAUUUUCAGCUCUCUGCAAUAUAAACAUAAUUUUUGUAGUGGGAGUCGAUUUUCUUGGAAAUAUGGAGAAAGUUUCAAUCUUUUGGCAUUUUCAUCUUCAAAUGGGAACUGGGUGGAGGUAGAGGCUGGUGCUCGUAAAGAGUACGAGGAUGAUGAGUUCAUAGUGGUCAAUUUUUACCGGUUUGUGUUUAUCCAAGACCCUGAAGAGGAGGUCUCUAAACACCUCUCCUUCAUGCAGGGUCGUGAUAUACAUGGUCGUAUAUACUUGAAUGAGCAAGGGAUUAAUGCACAGUACAGUGGACCGUCUAAAGACGCCCUUGCCUAUGUUGAAUGGUUAAAGGAAGAUCAUAGAUUUUCUGACAUAUUGGUUCAGAUCUCUCCAGCUAUAAGUGGCCAUGCUUUCCCAAAGUUGAAGCUGCGGUACAAGCCAUCACUUGUACAGUUGGAAGAGGGCAUCUCACAUCUCCCUUUGCUUGACCCUUCAAUGCGUGCUACACCUCUUACACCAUCUGAAUGGAGAACCAAGCUGGAGGCAGUAAAUAAGAUUGACAAUUCAUUAAAUACACCGAAAACCAACUGCAUUCUACUCGAUGUGAGAAACGGUUAUGAAUGGGAUGUCGGUCACUUCCGGGGGGCACAGCGUCCAGAUGUUGAUUGCUUCCGAAGCACUUCGUUUGGCCUAUCUGAGACAGAGGUCAUUGCUUCGGAUCCUUUAGCUAAUGUUGAUCAAGAGAAGACCGAUAUACUGAUGUACUGUACAGGAGGGAUUCGCUGUGACGUAUACUCCACAAUCCUUAGGCAACAGGGGUUCAAAAGAUUGUAUACUCUAAAAGGAGGUGUUUCUCAUUAUCUUGAAAAUGAAGGUUCGGUUGGAUGGGUUGGAAAUCUAUUUGUUUUUGAUGCACGUCUUUCUCUACCACCUUCGGCCUACAAGCCGGAAAUCAGUGCUGCGGCAAGUGGAGAGCAAGAAGUGUCCCAUUCCUUUGCUAAAUGCUACAUAUGUGAGUCUCAAGUAUCUGAGUUGAGGCAUCGCAACUGUGCAAAUCUUGAUUGCAACCUACUCUUCCUAUGCUGUUUGAAAUGUGUGGAUGACUUCAGAGGAUGCUGCUGCAUGAAGUGCACGUCUGCCCCUCGUCUCAGGCCUGUACUACCCGGGCACCAAAGAUAUCAAAAAUGGCAUACGUAUCGAGAUCUUGAGUUGCAGAGCAGGUGAAGAUUAGUACUUUUGGACGUGGUGUUGAAAUUCAUUUGGAGACAAUAGAACACGAAAGUAAUGCCUGUGCAAUUACCUUGCAAUCAAGCAUCAGAACAACACAGCCAUUUCUUGCUUGAUAUUUACAGGAUGACAUUUUGCGAUGGCUGGAACGACAAGGCAUGAAUCUUGGGAGUUUUGACCUCAAACCAUACUCAGAUGAGUUGAAGUUGAUGCAAUUAACUGUGUUAUACUAUUCUAAGAUUGUUAGAUUUAAUCGGCAACCAUGAGUUCUUUCGCUCUUGUUUAGAGACUCUCAUUUUAGCAGUUUCUGAAGGCGAGCAUACUUUCUUCUAAUCUGCGCGGUAUCCUCCUCCAUUUUUUUCCUUUUAUUUUUUUAUUUGUUACAAUGUCUGUUCGUUGUAUGAUCGAUAUUGUAAACUUUGAUUGAAUGUAAGUUGAUAGAUGGAAAUUGGUUGGUGAUAUGUUAUGAUUAUAUGUUGAUCAUGAGAACACAUAUUAGAGAUCAGAGAUGGUCUG